AUGGGCAGCAAGCAGGCAGUAGCAGACGUUUUGGUAAUCGGGGCCGGCGCGUCCGGCGCGGCAUUCACCUGGAGCCUUACGCAGGCGGGGGUAAAGGUCGUUUGCCUGGAGCAGGGUGGUUGGGUUCCACAGAACGCGUUUCCGGUGAGCGAUCCCCAGGCUCAGUUGCAUUGGCAGACUGACUUCCAUCCAAAUCCCAACUUCCGCGGGCUGCCCGAAGAUUAUCCGGUCAACGAGGAUGACACUCCCAUCGCUCCGUAUAUGUACAACGCGGUGGGUGGCAGCACGAUUCACUGGGGUUCUCACUUCCCCCGUUUCCAUCCUUCUGACUUUCGCCUGAAGUCGCUGGACGGUGUGGCCGAUGACUGGCCGAUGGACUACUUUGAGCUGGAACCCUAUUACGAUCUGAAUGACCGUAUGCAUGGCGUGAGCGGCUUGCAGGGCGACCCGGCGUAUCCGCCGAAACCGGUGCGACCCACGCCUCCCCUCCCGAUCGGACGGGGUGGUGAACUGCUGGGGCAGGCUUUCAACAAGUUGGGGUGGCACUGGUGGUCAUCGGACAACGCCGUGCACUCCGCUGCGUGGGAUGGUCGGCAACCCGACGUCGGCGAAUACCUGCGUUCUCCUUCGGGAAGCGACAUAAUCUUUUGGCCGCAAGCCCUGAAACAGGGCGCCCGCCUGAUCACCCACGCGCGUGUCCGCGAGAUUCUGGUGGACGCAUCCGGGCGAGCCACCGGCGCUUCGUACUACGAUCGCAACGGCGACCUGCAGGCGCAAUACGCCAACGUGGUGGUGCUGGCGUGCAACGGCAUAGGCACGUCGCGGUUGCUGCUCAACUCGCGCAGCGCUCUGUUCCCUGAUGGUCUGGCCAACAGUAGCGGACAGGUGGGCCGCAACCUGAUGCACCAUCCGUGUGGAUAUGUUCUGGGGCUAUUUGACGAGGAUCUGGGAUCCGACGAGGGACCUCGCGGUUCGUCGAUGCUGAGCCAGGAAUUCUACGAAACCGACGUGCGGCGCGGUUUUGUGAGAGGGUACGACAUGCAGGUUUCCAACGUCGGCGGGGCUCCCCUGCAGAUCGCCCUGGGCGGACUGGUUGGCGAGACCGUGGCGUGGGGCGACGCUCACCAUCGCGAUUUCGCGGAACGCAUCCGCCGGCAGAUGGGCAUCGUGGUAAUGACCGAAGACCUGCCCGAGCAACACAACCGGGUUACGCUGGACCCUCAAUUGACCGAUAGCCACGGCAUCCCCGCUCCCAAGAUCGAUUACACGGUGAGCGAGAAUACGUGGUCCAUUCUUGACCACGGCAUCGCCCGCGCAACCGAGGCGCUGGAGGCCGCGGGAGCCAAGCGAGUAGUCGCGUCGAGGCUGCGCCGCAACGCCGGUUGGCACCUGCUGGGAACCGCACGGAUGGGGUCCGACCCGGAUACGUCGGUGGUCGACCGGUGGGGUCGGGCCCACGACGUGCCCAACCUGUUCAUCAUCGACGGGAGCAUAUUCACCACCGGGGCCUGCAUAAAUCCGACAACGACCAUUCAGGCGCUGGCGCUGCGGACUGCCGAUUACCUGUCCGGUGAAGGGGCGUCGGCCAUCUCCUGA